AAAUAUUGGCACCUUAAACAUUUAUCUCAUAAAAGACUCGUGAAAAAAAAUUAAUAAAAAAAAAUCGGGUUUUAAGUUCUCCGUUGAGGCGCACUCAACGUUCUCCAUUGAGGCACUCAUCGAAGCAGCUUCUGUGUUCUGAGAAUUUGAUAUAAUGGAUUAUCCUCGUUUAAGUUCAGCAAUGGAACCAGGCAUCAAAGUUAAAUCGUGGGCAUUCAAUGAAGAUCCUGGUGAUAGCCAGAGGCCAGUCGAUGAUUUCUUCACCAUCUACUUAAAUUAUUAUGGGAGCACGAGCACUACUGGGACAUUAAAGUUGAAGAGAGAAAGUAGUGAUUGGCAUUUUGAUAUCAUGAAUUGGUUUGCUGAGCUUGAUGUUGAUAUGGAUGCUUGGGAUUGUACCAUGAAUGUUGUGGUGAAAAGUUGUGAGAUUUUGCUCAGGCUUGUUGCUCAAUCUGCCCGCAAGUCUCUGGAAUUCAAAGUUGAGGUUUUCCUAAAAGAUGAGGAUCAUGAUCACCAAGAGGAAGUGGAUUACCUGCUCAUGUAUUCUGAUGGCAUUCGUACCAGCUCUCGUGACAUAAAAUCUAUUCUCCAGGAUAGUGGAGUCAGGUUUGAUAACGGCCAUUCAAGAACUAUGAAUAAUUGUUCGAUAUGUUUAGAGAAGUUUGGGAUGUCAAACAAUGUGGCGACACUUCCUUGCUUUCAUAUGUAUCACGAAAAAUGCAUGAUUCGUUGGGCUUUCCAAGGAAAACGAACAUGUCCAUUAUGUAGAUUGAAGAUAAAAGGGUAGUGUUGACUUAUACAGGGAAACUUUCAUUGGGAAGACUUUGUGAUUUGAUUAUAAAGAAAUAUGCACAUUAGACACUGUCUACCCGAGAAGGCUCUUCAAAUUGUUAGUCUUGUGUGCUCUCUUAAGUUAGGAUAUUUAAGAGCUCUAAUUUUUAGUGCUACCAAUUGUGUAAUUUUUAGUAUAAGAAUUUUCAACUUUGUGAAACUAUCAGGAUUAUCAAAUUCAAUGUACUAUUUGCAUCUGUCAAUGUUAAAGAUUAUUCCUGUUUUUUACUUCCUCA